AGUUGUAGGCUACACACACGCACAAAUGUUUUUUUUUUUUUUUUUCAGAAGCUGAACGUAUGUCAAAUGUAUGAUUCCUCACUUACAAUGACCUGGAUUCAGAGGGCUAUUAUCCGAGAUAGAAAUACAAUUUAAUCAUUUGGAUGUGUUUAUAAUCCGGUUCCUCAGUCAUCCUAAUACUAAUUCAGAUAAUGCAGUUCGAGGCUUCAAUGGGAUACGGACAAGACAAAAGGUUUAUUGAGCAUCACUUGCAGGCUGGCUAAACGAUACCAUUUGAAUCUUUGAACUGGGAGACCAGCUUGAUAAUGUGGCUAUUCAUAAGACCUGCAUUUAGAACCAGAGGGAAAGAAAAAUCUUCUUGAACAAGCUCAAUUGAGCAGUUUCAUUUAUUUUUAUUUUUUUUAACAUUUAUUUAUUUAUACUUAUCCAGGGCGAUUUACAGAGAAUUCAUGCAUGACAAAAAUCACCGUACAAAGUAGGCAGUAUACAUUUUAUUUUGCAGUCAUGACAGUUUUGAAUGGCAGAAGGACAUUUGCAAUCUUGUUCGUUUUAACCGUCAGCUCCGUUUUCAUAUUUUGUGAGUAUUUGAUAUAUUUUCCCGUAAUUCUCCAGUGCUCUUGGCCAGAGACAAAACAUAUGGGACGCGGGAAGAAUGUCCAGACUCUUAACGCGUUAUUCCUGUCGGAUACUCACCUCCUUGGAGCAAUCAGCGGACACUGGUUCGAUAAACUCCGAAGGGAAUGGCAGAUGGAAAGGGCCUUUCAGACAGCGCUGUGGCUGCUGCGGCCAGAAGUGGUUUUCAUUUUAGGGGACAUCUUCGAUGAGGGCAAGUGCAGCUCAGCCAAGGACUGGGAGGAUGAUGUCCGGCGCUUCCAGCAGAUUUUCCGUCACCCCAACAACACAGAGCUGGUAGUCCUCACUGGAAACCAUGACAUUGGCUUCCAUUAUGAGAUGAAUUGGGAAAAGCUGCAGCGGUUCGAGAAGGUCUUCAAUGCCAACUCUGCCAGGAUCAUCACAAAGAAAGGAGUGAAUUUUCUGCUGGUGAACAGCGUGGCAAUGGAGGGGGACGGCUGCCCAAUCUGCCACGCUGUGGAGAAUGAGCUCUUCUGGCUCUCUGAAGCACUCAACUGUUCUAUGCAGUCGGAACUGAAGAAGGAGCACUGCUGUGACACGGCACAGUUUUCCUCCACACCACCCAUUAUCCUACAGCAUUACCCUCUCUACCGCACCAGUGACUCAAACUGCACGGGGCAGGAUGCUGCGCCUGCAGAAAAGCGCCAUCUGCAGUUCACAGAGCAGUAUGACGUGCUGUCUCAGGAGGCCACUCACAAGUUACUUUGGUGGUUCCAGCCCCGCCUUAUCCUAAGUGGCCACACCCACAGCGCAUGUGAAGUCAUCCAUGGGAACAAGUACCUUGAAGUCAGCGUCCCCUCCUUCAGCUGGCGAAACAGAAAUAAUCCCAGUUUCAUUCUGGGUACGUUCUCCUCGGCCGACUUCCUCCUGUCCAAGUGCUUCCUCCCCGAAGAGAGCAGCGUCAUAGCCAUCUACUGCGCCACAGGCAUGGCUGUGCCGCUCCUGGUCCUGCUUCAGUUCUACCUGUUCAAGGGUUCGCCGCAGUUCACCAGCGCACUGGUCUGACCUCCCACGCCCAGCCUCCUCCACCAGAGAGACACACGUGCUGUAUUACUGCUUUAUAGUCAUAUGUGCUUGCAGGUGGGCCAAGGAAAAUCCCACCAACAGCAGAACCCCUAUUUUGCCCUAGAACACUUAAACAGAAUGCACUUUCCUACGAUUAGUCACUUAAGAGUGGAAUUUAGAAGUAACAGUAACAUUUUCUAUGAAGCUCAUAUCUAUACUGCAAUACAAGCAUCAGUACAGUAGAUGUGCGCUUUGUUCAUGCUACCAGAAUUUCAGACUUUAAAUCUUGUUUGUCCUUGUUUGUCCCUGCUGCUAAUAGAGCUAAUAUGCUGAUAGAUAAAAUAAACUUGGUUGUGCAGCUGAUGAAGGCACCUGAAGCUCGCUAGAGCCUGUUUGUAAUGACACAAAUUCAAGAAGAAAAGUCAGGCAAUAAAGUGAACUUGAAGCAA